AUGGCGGAAGGGGAACCUUCCUACAUUGACUAUGAGGCUUUCCUCGACCCCGACUUCUCGCCGGCCAGCUUCGCCAAUUCACUCGUGCUGAGCACCAAUAAUGCCACCGACACACCUCUGGACCUAUCAACGCCACUUUCACGGGUUCUCUUCGACCUCCAAGAGAUCGACACCCACAUUCAUGCGUUGACAACGAAGUCAGCACUCCCGCUGCUCUCCCAUACGCAAGGUCAAACCGCGGCCGCAGAACACAUCUUACAAGAGACCGGAACACAAAUUGCCUCGGUGACCCAAGGUUACGAACGGCUGGAGAAAGAGGUGAUAGAGAAAUGGAAGGCUGCCGAAGAAGCCCGAAUCGCUGCGGAAAAGUCACUGGCUACGGUACGGUUAGCACGGGCCGUUGCGCGCUGUUUAUCACUUGGUCGACAGCUUGAAAGCCAAGUCGCGGAAAUUACGGGUCGGGGAUCGGCAGGACAGAAUGCGACAGCAGGUGCCGACGGAGCUGCGACCGCAAAAGAAGGGUUCCGAGCACUGGAGCGCGCAGCCUACACAAUCCUGAAUCUACGUCAGAUGCUCUCUGCCACAUCAGAAGAAGACGAGGGCUAUGGGCUUGACCGGGUUAAGGUCACUCGAACAUUGCGCAAUGAAUUUGUGAUUCCCGCCGAGAACAUGAUUAAAUCCAGAGCGCAACAGACCGUUACUCGAUUCUCAUUAUCGGGCCAGGCUAAUGGCCAGUCCGUGCCAUUGAGCUACAAGCAGGCUCGUGAUGCUCGUUCGCGCCUUGCAACCGCCGCGGCCACUCUAUAUCUCCUCUCACCCAUGCCGAAAGGGGAAACCUAUGUAUCCGACUUCAAGCCCGAGCUUCUUCUGUCGACAUUGCAAGGGUACAUGCACACAGCUAUCAUGACCUCCGUAAACUCACUUGCCCGAGCCCUGUCCCAACUCCCUACCGUGGAUCGCACCCUUGCCGAAGUCUCUGCUCGAUGCCAGGACAUUAUUGCUCUCGAGUCUAUCCUGAGGAAUCUCCGAUCGCCAUUCCACCCUCUCCUGCCGUCUGUCAACGCCGAGCAGCCUAGCGAUCCAGAGACACCCAACAAUAUCAACCUCCUACAACCACUCUUGCAGGCCCUGGAUACGUCUUCGCUACCAUCAUACUACUGGCGCUCGCUCGCCUCCUCCCUCUCUCCACGCGUCCAAGAGAUCAUGAACCGCGGGGGGGUAUCUGCACGUACACUGCGAUCCAACCGCGACCGACUGAAGGCCGAGAUCAAGGAAUGCGUGAUGCGUGCAUCACAUGUAUCUACGAGCAGUUUACUAGCCGAGAAGGGACGAUCAGGAACCGACACAGUAAACGUGGGCAACUGGGAACGAGAAGCGGCGGUCAUGGUCAGCUCAGUUGUCGGGCCGUUGGGCCGGUGA